CGAGCAGCUGCUCGCAUAUAUCGGGAGUAUGUGGUUAGAAGAGGUGGACCACAACCGGCGGUAUAUUCCGACUACCGUGUUUUUCUACGCGUCCAUAAUGCUUACCAGAGCCAUUGCCCGAAGCAGAAACAUAUCCCAUAGUUCAGUGCACUACGCUCGAAGAACAUGCAUCCUUACCAUGUACAAAAAGUACAAGAAUUGCUUCCAAACCACUAUGCACAACGGGUUGAAUUUUGUGAUAAUAUGUUGA